CACUGGAUUUUAAUUUAGACAAUUUAAACAAAAACAACCGGUUGCGCUAAAACACCGGUAUGCAACCCAAAUAGAGAUGAUUUUAAAGUAAAUUACAAAGAAUUAUGCUACUGUGCCUUGCCAAAAGGGCAAAAAGUGCUCAAGUGUGUAGUUGCAAAAAUUAUCAAGUUGUCCACUGACACCUGAGUUUUCAUUUGUUUUUUGUUUUUCAAUUCAAGUUUGUCAGUAUAAAAAACGACUCAAUUGCGAGAUAUUUCACCAGUUUGCAGUUCUUCGAAUUGAAUAAUGCGCUUUGGUGGCUUUUUCGCCACAGUACGAUUUCUUAGAAAGCCCAACCGGUUUUAAAUAGGGUGGUUCUGAGAAUUUGCAAUCCGCUUUCCCCUCUACCACCCGUUUGUGAAGUUUUGUGAGCUUUAAAGUCACCUUGGAGUCUCAUAAAAUCAGUUGACGCCUGUUCUCACCACGUGUCUAGACUUGACUCUUCCUCGAAGUUUUCAGGAAGAACAACAAAUGAAGAAAGAACUCAUCUAAUGGGAAUAAUCACAAAGCAGCCCGUUUUUUACUGUUAUUUUUAUUAACUCUUUAUUUAGGUCUGGUGAGGUCAGCUUUUCGAUUUGAUUUUUCGCCUCAAUCAGCACCGCUAUGUAAACUAAAAGAUGACGAAGUGGGAAACGCAUUGUAGCACUGAUUCCACCGAUUACACAGUGUUAAAUUUCAAAGGAAGUUCAAUAAAACUGGCCAAGUGGCAGACUGAACCAUUUACUGUAAAAGUAUUACAACAGUUGAACGACGAACCAAAAGUGAUACUAUCAUCGAUGAAAAAUGUGACCAAAAGAACAGAACUACAGUCUGAUGCCAAUGACCACAAUGUACCAGAUCUGUGUGACGGAAACUCCAUCGAAUAUUGUCACGAAGAAAUAAUUUAUACUAGUGAAACAACUGUAAAACUACCAGAUGAUGAUUUUUUCUUUGAUAUUGAGGAAAAUCCCAACAAUGUAAAUAAACACGAUGUUGAAAAAGAGCUUCAUAUGAUGUUCCAAGAUGUUAUCGAAGAAGAGGAACCAAUAAAAAAAUCUCCACCACCACAUCGUGAAAAACGCAAUAAGUCUAGAAAAUCAACACGUAAACUCUUAAUCGAACUAUUCGGAAGUCCAUUACACGAUAUUAUUGAGAAAAAACCACAAAAAAUCCAAAAUCAUCGAAGACAAUCACUACCAGUCUCAAUUAAUAUUACCGAUGAUAUUUUUAAACCUGUGAAGCGAAAAAGUGAAACAGACAUACAUAAUUUAAGUUUAUGUAAAGUGCAAAAAACGGUUAAAGUUCCAGUGUUUGCAAAUUCGGAAGUGUUUAACGUUGAUUAUCUCACUGUUACGAAACUAAAUAUACCACCAACAUAUUCCGAAACUGCCACACUUAAACUCACACUUGAAGAAAUGAAAAUCGCCACAAUUAUGACUAAACCUAAUUUGGGCAAAACUCAACAAGUGACCAAUACUCACAUCAUUGAUCUGACUCAGGAUAAUACCAAUCUUGAUUCGAUAAAAUACAAUAACACUGAAAUCAAGGCCGAAUCAAGCACAAAUGGUUUAUCAAUGCCUUCUUUAUCACCAACAACUCCGGAUCAACCGAUAAGAACAGAAACUGUUAUCUGUGAAAGGAAAACCACAUCCUCUCCUAAAAAGGUGGUUCAUAAUGCACAGCGGAGACCAAAUGAUGGUAGAGUGUAUUCGAAACCCAACGUUAAAAUGAGUCCUCAACAACAACAACAACCAACAGUUCAAAAGUCGAUUUUAGAGCAGUUGACAGAAUGGGGGAAAAACCAACAAUCACAAUCAAGAGUCAGUGUGCCAAAUCAACAUUUGCCACAAAAGAGAGUCAGUGUGCCAAAUCAAAAACAUUUGCCACAAACGAGAGUUAGUGUGCCAAAACAACAACCACAACAACAUUUAUUCCCGCCACAAUUACUGAGACUUCACCAAGUCACACAACCGUUUGGAUAUCACCUGGUAUCUAAUAGCACUUGUGGUGAAAAAAUUUUUCCAUACGUUUACAAGUUUUACAUUUGGAAACAAAAACUAGCCCAAUUAGUUAAACUAAAUGAAAGUAUAUUCUCAACAGAUGAGUUGAAAGACAAUUUUGAUGCACUUUAUGUUUACUAUGAUACAGCAAGACGGAACCUUGCUAGAAGAUUGAUCAAAGAAUUAUUACCUCUAGAUGUGCAAUUUUUUUCUUUGAGUCAAAUCCUGAGUACAAUAUCGUUCAAAAUGAGCGAUAUACAUGUCGAAGGGGGCAUUUACCGUAUUUGUUUUUUAAUACAUAGUAUCAUUGAUGGAUGUGAGGAGGUUUGUCUCACACCAUUUACUAAAAAAUUCUAUAAUAAUAUUAAAUCAUCAAAGGAAAGGAUGGAUGAACGUUCACGUGAAGUUUCAGUAUUUACUAGUUUGCAAUUAAAACAACUCGAAAGACAAAUCCGAGAAUACCAUUCGAUACAAAAUUGGAUCCAAAAUUGGAUCCAACAAGCAAAUCGUAAAACAAAUGCACCAAACAAAAGAAAAGCAACUGUGAUACUAAACGAUCAAAAUUUUGAACAACAACCUAAACGAAAUGAUAAAUUGAUCUUGCCAAAGGUUUUGGUACCACCACCAAAUGCUGAAAUGCAAUCUGGUCAAAAGUCACAACCUCGAGAGACGUUUCGCAAGCCACAGAAUUUGUCGCGACCACAAACGGGUCUUUUGUCAAAUGGACAAGAACCAAAUUUCGCGUUUUCGGUACCACAAGUACCAAAUGUUCAGGUGGCUAAAACGACGUCACAGGAAACGGUACCAAACCCGAAUCUUCGAUCUUUGUUAAGUACCCAAACUAGUGUUGGGUCAGUAUCGAAACCCCAAGUACCUGAUACUACUGUGCAAUCAACAGAAACCAAAGAGUCUAGCGACGAAGCGAAGAGUGAGGAAGUGAUCGAUUUAACAUGGAUUGAUAAUGCGGACGAGAAGGAAAUCUACGAUGAAAUAAUCGAGUGUAAAGUGUUUGAGUUUAAGGAUGAGAUUGAGAAAAAAGAGAUAGAUCGAGAAGUUAUUUCACCGGUUGAUAGUGGUUUAGGGAGUCCAGUUUUGCAAACAGAUGAUGGUUUUAAAUGUCUUUGUGGUAAUAAAGCCAUCUUUGUUUGUGCAUGUCAAUCGUCAAUGUAUUGCAGUCAGAACUGUCAAAUAAACGACUGGGCGUACCACCAAAGACUUUGCAAUAAAUUGAUUAAUUGAACUACAGUAUUAAUUUGUUAUUUGAAUUCUUGUUAUUUUAUUCAAGAUUAUCUAGUUGGUAUUUAAUCUUGUUGAUUACUUUAGUAUUUUUCCAUAUUUUUGUACUUUCUUACGGAUUUACCAUGUUGAAUAAACUGUUUGUUCUUCA